AUGGGACGGAGAUGUAAACAUAGGAUCUAGAGAAAGAUUCCUAGCACACUUCUUAUCGCAAGAAAAAUUACAUAGAUGGCAAUAUGAGCUAAUGAAUCUGAAACAAGGAAAUGAAAAGAAGUUAGCAAACAGAGUAGAUGCAGGAGGAAUUCCAGACAUCUUUAAAGUACGAAUGUUCUUGAGUGGAUUAAAUAAUGAACUAGCAACUUUAGUUGCAAUUCAAAAUCUAGUUAAUUUAGAUGCUGCUAUUACUCAAGCUAAAACUUCAAGUUCUAUGACUGUUUUAUUAGUUGAUACAUGUACUGGAAUUAAAUUCAUUUCUCCUAGAGCUAAUGAAAUUUUGGCUAAUUAUCAAGAUUAUAAAGUAGAAUUUAAAAUAGAAAAAAGAGGUACAAUUGUACAAGGCCUUGACUUAUAUGAUGAAAAAGGAAAUUUUGUUGAAUCAUUAAAGCCAGCAAAGGGAACUGAUAGUUUGUCCAAUAUUGAAUAUGGGGCUUGGACAUAUGUAAAACUUGAAGUUCCUUCAUCCAUUCCAUUACCUGCUAGAUUUAAGCUUAAAGUUUUGGCCACAACUAAAGACGACUUGCCUUGUUCUAAAUUUAGAAAUGAUGCAGACCACAAAGAAUUUCAUGCUCACUCUGUAGUCCUUUAUAGUAGGUCAUCAUAUUUUCAUAGGUCAGGUGGGUUUAUUUUUGAAAAUGAUUGGAGUGAUUCUACUGGAACAAAUAAUUUUCUGUUUUCUAUUAAAAUCGAUGAAUAUACCUAUGAGCCCAAUAUUAUUCGGGAUAACGAUAAAAAUAGAUUUUAUCACUCAUUUAUAGAGGCGUUCAAAUCCUCCAAUGGAUUUAAAGAUUGUUCCGGAAAGUUCUUUUUGUAG